UCAGUAGGUUGGUACUGUUACUAUACGUUUCGGAGGCUGAUACAAAUUAGUAUCCCUUAUUUUUAUUAAUCGCAAUAAGAGCCAUGUGUUGAUUGUAGUUAAAGCAAUAAGAGGUACCCUCUGUCAAAAUGAUAGGGGGUUUAUUCGUCUAUAAUCAUAAAGGAGAAGUACUCAUUUCUAGAGUGUAUAGAGAUGACAUUGGACGAAAUGCAGUUGAUGCAUUUCGUGUCAAUGUUAUCCAUGCUAGGCAACAAGUACGAUCUCCUGUUACUAAUAUUGCCAGAACAUCAUUCUUUCAUAUAAAACGUGCUAAUAUCUGGCUAGCUGCUGUUACCAAACAAAAUGUUAAUGCUGCAAUGGUUUUUGAAUUCUUGUUAAAAAUUAUUGAUGUUAUGCAGUCAUACUUUGGUAAGAUUUCUGAAGAAAAUAUCAAGAACAACUUUGUGUUAAUCUAUGAACUAUUGGAUGAAAUCUUGGAUUUCGGGUAUCCACAGAAUUGUGAUACUGGAGUGUUAAAGACAUUUAUUACUCAACAAGGAGUAAAAUCAGCAACAAAGGAAGAACAAGCUCAAAUAACUUCGCAAGUCACUGGUCAAAUUGGAUGGAGAAGAGAGGGUAUUAAAUACAGACGUAAUGAAUUGUUUCUUGAUGUUCUCGAGUAUGUAAAUCUUUUAAUGAGUCCUCAAGGACAAGUAUUAAGUGCACAUGUUGCUGGAAAGGUUGUGAUGAAAUCUUAUCUGUCUGGAAUGCCAGAAUGUAAGUUUGGAAUCAAUGAUAAAAUGUUUAUGGAAGUUAGAGCUAUGAAAGGUGGCAGUGGUUUGGGUGGUGGCGGAGAUGACCCUACCGGUGCUAGAUCUGGGAAACCUGUUGUUGUAAUCGAUGACUGCCAAUUUCAUCAGUGUGUCAAGCUUAGUAAAUUCGAGACAGAACAUGCCAUCAGUUUUAUUCCUCCUGAUGGAGAAUUCGAGUUGAUGAGAUAUCGUACAACGAAGGAUAUAUCAUUGCCAUUCCGCGUCAUUCCAUUAGUACGCGAAGUAGGGCGUACAAAGAUGGAAGUAAAAGCAGUACUGAAAUCAAACUUUAAGUCUUCUCUGUUGGGACAAAAGAUCGAAGUUAGGGUGCCUACACCACUGAAUACCGCUGGCGUACAAUUGAUUUGCUUGAAAGGGAAGGCAAAAUACAAAGCAUCCGAAAAUGCUAUUGUAUGGAAAAUUAAGCGCAUGGCUGGCAUGAAGGAAACUCAGUUAUCAGCAGAAAUCGAUUUGCUAGAAACGGACACGAAGAAAAGGUGGACCCGACCACCGAUAUCGAUGAACUUCGAAGUACCGUUUGCGCCCUCUGGAUUCAAAGUUCGCUAUUUGAAAGUAUUUGAAUCUAAAUUGAACUAUUCUGAUCACGACGUUAUAAAAUGGGUGAGAUACAUAGGUCGAAGUGGUUUGUACGAGACACGAUGUUAAUAAUGUCUCAUCGCAUUAAUUGUAAAUGAAUAAUCUCAAGACAUAAAUACGAUUUUCUCAAAAUUAUAUCUUUGCGGCGCAUAUGUAAAAGAGUUUUCUGAAAUAUUCAGAUUAACUGGCACAUGGUUGAAAGAAUAGAAGAAUGGAUACCAAGGGGGGAAAAUCUUUGUGCCAAUGUUUUUUGUAACCUGAUUUUUCGUGUAUUAUAUUUUAUUGAAGGAUGUUUGAGUUUUUUUUUUAAGAAACUUUUAUGCACUAUUUUAUUCAGUCUGGAUUUUAGUAAACUUCCAACUUUUGUGAAUGUUAGUAUUUGUAAUUUCAUGCAUCGAAUUAGAUUUUAAUCUUAAAUAUACAUGUGCUAUAUCAUACCUCAUUAUACAUUAUGUUAAUGAUAUUUUUUAUUCUUU